UUGCUACGAGAAGUCGGUUGUCUUUACAAAUCUCUAAAAAAGUCUGUGCAGCAAAAAAAAAAAAAAAAAAAUUGAAAUUUAGAACGAAUAACAAAAUAGUGAAAUAGUGAAAUUCGGGAAGCAAAUUUAAUUUUUUUUUUUUUUUUUCAUUGUCUUUUCAAGUCUCUGGCAAAGUAAUUGCAGCGCGAUUUUGACAAAUUCGAAUUCAGCAAAUUUUUUCUUGAAUCUCAAAGCCUAAAUAUCAUACCAAGAUGCUACGCUGCGGCCCUCAACUCGACUCAGAUGAUGAUGAUAUGCUGGGAGCUGAUUUUUCCGACUUUGACGAAGGAGACGAAUCUGAUUUUGAUGACAUUGGUAUGCAUGAUUUUCCGUUUCUGGUAGAUAGCCCUGAUGAGACCAUGCGGCGCUUGCGCAUCUACGCCCGUUAUCCGAACAACGGGAUGCCGGAGACUCGCUUGAAGCACGAGCUGGCCCAGAUCAGGCAGGGUCCCGUGGAGGGCUGCCGUGUGGAUGUGCUGGAUGACAAUCUGUUCGAGUGGGCUGCCACGUUGAAUGGUCCGGUGAACACGCCCUAUGAGGGCGGCGUCUUUAACAUACACAUCUCGUUUCCUAACGAGUAUCCGUUCGAGCCGCCGACCCUUAAGUUCGUGACGAAGAUCUAUCAUUGCAACGUGUACGGCAGUCUCGUCUGCACCGAGAGAUGGACGCCCGUCAUAACGGUGGCCAAGCUGAUGGUCUCCAUUCUCUAUAUGAUGGCAACACCCGAUCCGAUGGAUCCGCUAAAUCCGGCUAUCGCCAAACUCUACAUCUCGCAUCGCAGCGAGCACGACAAGAUCGCUCGCCAGUGGACCCGUCGCUUUGCCAUGCCGAACUCUGAGAAGGAUGGACAGUAGGGAGAGCAGGAUGAAAGAAGCCAGAUUGUGUGGUUUUUCAAAAACAUUUUAUUAUUUGAUUUUGUUGUGCCAGCACUUUUUGGUGUUUAGAAACGAUAUAGAGACACAUAAUACGCUAGCUACAUUUACAUAUACACUUACACUUACACCUACACUUACAAUUACAACUACAAUUACUAUAAAGAG